AUGCAAGGCAGUCCUGAAGACCCCGACAAGUACGACAACAACCCUAUAGCAACGCAUUUAAGGAGACACCCGGACUUGCACAAGGACUACCAAGAGAAGCGGAAUGCAUGCGAGAGGCCAUCCAAGCUCAAGGGGGCAAGCAAGAUGACAAAAAUGAUAGCUCGCUUUGUAGCUCGUGGUAUGCACCCCUACAACAUUGCCGAAGAACCGGAUUUCCUCGACAUGAUGAAGUUCGCUAUGCCGGAUUAUGCCCUGCCGUCUCGGACAACGUUCUCUAGAGCCAUUAUUCCAGACCUCUACGCAUCAAGCACAGAGAAGGUGAAAAAGAAGCUCGGAGACAUUUUUGCAAGUGGAGUGGAGUCGCUUUCAAUCACAACUGAUGGUUGGACAUCGUGGGCAAAUGACAGCUACGUUUGUGUAACUUGUCACGUCAUAGACAGUGACUUCGUGCAACACGUGCAUGCAUUGGCUUGCACGGAGAUGACAGACUCUCACACUGCAGCAAACCUGGAGCUAUUUAUCGCAGGUGUCAUCGAGGAGUGGGAACUUCCAGCCCACGAUACUGUGCCGAUCUUCGUCGUUACAGAUAAUGGAAGGAACUUUACUUCUGCAGUAGCGCGGUCGUCCUGGAAUGGUGUGCAGUGUUUCGGACACACCCUUCAGUUGUGUGUCAGUGAUGCCAAAAGAGAACUGUCAGGGUUUUUGCAGCUCUGUGCUAAAGCCAGAGCGAUAGUGGCUAGAUACAAACGGAGUGCCAAGGAACGAGGACGGCUAAAGGAAAUUCAGAGAAACAUGCAGUUGGACCCUCUCAAGGUUAUACACGACGUCCCGACGUGA